AAAAAAGGGAGAACGCUAAAAAUCACUGCAGUGGGGCUGCUAUUUUUCUUUGUGUUGAAAUUUCUAAUUUGUUGGUAAAUAAGACACACAGCAAAACAUUUAGAAAACAAUGACACGUCACGCUAGAAACUGUACAGCCGGUGCCGUAUAUACUUAUCAUGAAAAGAAAAAAGAUGCUGCAGCUUCCGGUUAUGGUACGCAAAGUGAGAGAGUUGGCAAAGACUCGGUUAAAAAUUUUGAUUGUUGUUGUCUAACAUUACAGCCCUGCAGGAAACCUGUAGUCACAAAAGAAGGUUAUUUAUUUGAUAAAGAAGCGAUCCUGGAGUACAUAAUAACCAAGAAAAAUGAAUAUAAUCGUAAGAUGAAACAGUAUGAAAAGCAGUUAAAAAAGGAAGAAGUCGAGAAGAAUGAGCUUGCAGCAGCUGAAAGAGAGGCAAAUUUAAUUAAAUUUAUGAACAGAGAGAAAAAUAUAUCAAAUCGAGACAAUAACGAACCCGGCCCAUCUACUUCUACCUCUGUAUCUAAUUUAGCUAAUGGGAAGGACAAGCAAUUGCCAAGUUUCUGGGUUCCAUCACAAUUACCCGAUGCAAAAAUUUCUAAAAUAGAGAAGCCAGACCCUACUGUGUACUGUCCUAUUAGUGGAAAAGCAUUGAAAAUGAAAGAUCUCAUUGAAGUUAACUGGACACUUGUCAAUGAUCCUGAUGAUAAGAAAUCAUUGAUAGCAAAAGAAAACAGGUACAUGUGUCCUGUAACUCAUGACAUUUUAAGCAAUGCUGUACCAUGUGCUGUUAUAAAAACUACAGGACAUGUUAUCACUAUGGAAUGCUUUGAAAAGAUAAUAAAGAAAGAUUGGAUUCAUCCGUUAACAAAUGAGAAACUCAAAGAGAAAGACAUCAUACCACUGCAAAGAGGUGGCACAGGGUAUGCUCUCACAAACUCAAACUUGGAAGGAAAAAAUGAACGACCAGUGUUACAAGCAUAAAAUAAAUUCAGUGUUAUUCAAUAUGUUUCAUUUUAUCUUCAUAUGUUAAUUAUUUUCUGCGGAAUUUAAAUUGAUUUCCUCCUCUCAACCUUUUAAAAAAG